AUGCUGUCUACGUGCUCCCAGAACGAGCAGGGAAUUCAAGGCACUUGGGAGCUGUUUCAGCAGAUGGAUUUAGAAGGUUUCCAGCCGGAUCGAGUAACUUUCGUCACGCUCCUCGACUGUUGCGCGAGUUUUGCAGAUCUGAGACGGGGGAGACAAGUUCACCAGUGUGCCGUGGCGAGCGGAAUGGAUUUGCUUCCCACUGUGGCGAACUGCGUCGUCAAUAUGUAUGGUAAGUGUGAUGAUUUGGAGGAGGCAAGGAGAGUUUUCGAGAGCUUGAGUUACGGGCGAGACGUGGUUUCAUGGAAUGUAAUGCUCUCCAUUUACGUGCAGGCAGCAGGAGAAAACGAUUCUAGUGCCAGCAAAGGUAGAGACGUGUUUGAGCUGCGAAGGAGAAUGGAUAUGGAAGGAGUGAAGCCAAACGCUAUAACUUUGAUCAGCAUGGUCGAUGCUGCAGCUGUUUGGGAGGAAAUUGAAGAAGGCGAGUUUCUUCGUUCCCGCAUUAUCGAAUCUGGCUAUGGCUCUAACGUUGCCGUGUGUAACAGCCUCGUCAACAUGUAUGGGAAGUGCCACAGCUUGGGAAACGCAAAGGAGGUGUUCUGGAGCAUGGAAGAGAGAAAGAACGAGAUUUCUUGGAGCUCUUUAGUGGCGGCCUAUGCUCAAAACAAUCAAGCAACCGAAGCUAUGAAACUCUUCCAACACAUGGAUUUGGAAGGCCUGAAGCCGGACAGGGUGACCUUGAUCAGCGUCCUCGACGCUUGCGGGGACUUGAGAGCGUCAAAGCAAAGCUCGCAAAUCCACGCUCGAGUUUUGGAAGCGGACCUGGAGCGUGACGUGGUUGUAGCGAAUGCUCUCGUCAGCAUGUAUGGCAAGCUCGGGAGGCUCGAGCAAGCAACCGUGAUCUUCGAAACAAUGGGGGAGAAAAGCGUCAUCUCGUGGAACACAAUGGUGGUGGAGCUCGCUAAGGCCGGGCGCUGCGAAUCGGCUCUGGAAGCUUUCCGGAGCAUGUCACUUGAAGGAUUGGAGCAAAGCAGCAGCGGCUUGGUGGCGGUGUUGUUUGCGUGCUCUCACGCUGGCCUGGUGGAACAAGGCAGGGAAAUCUUCCUGUGUAUGCUGGAGGACAGGCCUGGCGAAGAUCCAAUGCCGAGAGCCGAGCACUAUGGCUGCAUGGUGGAUCUCUUGGGGCGAUCGGGAAGGCUGGACAAGGCCGAGGAGCUCAUCGAAAACAUGCCAUUUGUACCGGAUUGUGUAGUAUGGAACAUGCUGCUCGCGUCGUCCAAGAGCUAUGGAGAUGUCGAGAGGGGCAAGCGCGCAGCCAACGAAGUUCUCGCCAUCGCAAAAUCCAUGCGCGGGAAGAAGGGACUAAGCUCCACUAACGAGUCGCCUUAUGUGGCACUGGCCAGUGUCCUGGAGGGAAAGCAUUGA